AAGUGGAACGCGAUCCCGCGAGAUUUCGAUGAGUUUACUUGAGUAAAUGCCACGUCUUACCAGCGUACAGUGAAAUAUUAGCGGUUAACCGAACAAAUCACACGCAGGGCGGGGAUUUAUCCAGCGACAGGACAGGUAGAGACAUCACAGACUCUCCGGUGAUAUUAUGGGCUGCUUACGUCUGCUGCUUCUGACCGUGGUCACUUCUGCACUACUCCUGUUGGCCUCCCAGCCAACCGAAUCUCACAGCCAUUCCCACGGCGACCAUGGACACGGCCACCAUCACCAUGGCCACUCCCACGACGAGGACGAAGACGUGAGGAUGUUCCACGGAGCGAGCAAGUGGAGCGCCGAGGCCAACCUGCCUUCAGAGGAGGAGGAGCAUCAUGGACACGCCCACUCCCAUGACCACGGACACGCUCAUGACCACGGACACGCCCACUCCCAUGAUCAUGGACACGCUCAUGAUCAUGGACACGCCCAUGACCACGGACACGCUCAUCAUGAAGAAGUUGUUCGGGUGCUCAAAGAGGAGAGAGCGCACGCCCACUCACACGGGGGAGAGAGCGUGAAGCGGGACGUGGUGGAGCUGUGGACGCAGGCUAUCGGAGCGACCCUGCUGAUCAGCGCCGCUCCUUUCCUCAUCCUGUUCCUGAUCCCCGUUCAGUCCAACAGCGACCAGCACCAGAACCUGCUCAAGGUGCUGCUCAGCUUCGCCUCAGGUGGUCUGCUGGGUGACGCCUUCCUGCACCUCAUCCCUCACGCUCUGGAGCCGCACUCCCACCACGAAGAAGAUCAUGGACACUCGCACGCAGAUGAAGAGUCACACGACCACGGACACUCUCACGGAGCCGCUCACGCCCACAUGAUGUCCGUGGGUCUGUGGGUGCUCGGUGGGCUCAUCGCCUUCCUGGUGGUGGAGAAGUUUGUGCGUCUGCUGAAGGGAGGACACUCGCACGGACACUCGCACGGACACUCGCACGACGCCCCCAAGGCGAAGGACAGCGACGGAGAGGAAGAGAAGAAGAAAGAGGAGGGAGAAGAGCAGAGCACAGACAUCAAGGUGUCGGGGUACCUGAACCUGGCGGCCGACUUCACACAUAAUUUCACAGACGGCUUGGCAAUCGGGGCGUCGUUCCUGGUCGGUCCAGCGGUCGGCGGCAUCACCACCCUGACCAUCCUGCUGCACGAGGUCCCGCACGAGAUCGGAGACUUUGCUAUCCUCGUCCAGUCCGGCUGCACCAAAAAGAAGGCCAUGUGUCUGCAGCUGCUCACCGCCCUGGGAGCUCUGGCCGGCACAGCCUGCUCCCUAUUGGCCGAGGGCGUCGGCGCCGCGGCGACCGCCUGGAUCCUGCCAUUCACAGCCGGCGGGUUCGUGUACAUCGCCACGGUGACCGUCCUCCCAGAACUGUUAGCAGGCCGCUCCAGUUUCGGCCAGUCUCUGAUGGAGAUCCUGGCGCUGCUGUUCGGCGUCGGCAUGAUGGUGCUGAUCGCCGAGUACGAGUGAGACGCAGCCGAGCCGACAGAGACUCCUUUACAGAGUCGGGACAGACGGACCGGAGAAGGUUAGAGGUCAAAAAACGGUUGGAAAAAUGGCGGUUUGACAUCGGCUGGAUUCUUAUUUGUCGAGACGUGUUCGCUUGUUUUUUUUUAUUGAUUGUGUUUCGGGACCAACUCCGCCGACGGACGACCUACGGAGGAUUUUUGUUGUUUUGUGUCUUUUUUUUUUUUUUUUUUUUAAAUCGCUCACAUCCCUCAAACGUGUUUCUGUUCCAGAGAAACGAAGAAGAAACAACCUGUGGGUCAUGUUCAGUGAGCGCCCCCCCGUUACGACAGAACACUCUCUGCGUUCACUACAUGGAGCGUUCAGCCGCUCCCCCCCCCCCCCCUUAAAAUGGGUACUGCAGUCUAAAUUCUAAACAUUGUAGAGAGCUGUCUCCCCCCCCCCCCCUCCUCUCUAGAGUCCAUGCUCACACAGGUCACCAUGUGGUGGACUCUGAAGCUUCAGUGUUUAUCCAGCUCUGCAUGGGUCUGUAAACCUUUCUGUGUUCUAACCUCUCUCCAUUUUUCAAAAGCAUCUCCAAUAUUGAUCCUAGUUUGAGCACGUUUCUGCUCGUGGAGCUUAUUAGAAACAUGCAGAGGCUUUUUAGGUCGGGUACAAUCACUUCUAUCUGAACCACUUCUCUUGCCCGCUUCUAUCGCUGCAACACCUGUUGACCUGAUAACUGCUCUCAUAUCUGGUAAACUGAGGGGCGUCCAAAACGGCCGUGUGGGGGGGUCUUAAGAGCGCCUACCUUCUCUGGUCCAAACAAAUCCAGAUCAUUCAGGAGCAGAAUCUAAAGUUAGAAGGAGGACAUACUGGCUGCUGCAUUGUUGUCAGAGAAGCCAGCACUUCAACAUGUUUCCUUAAUGAUCAGAUAGUAAGAUACCUUUAUCAUCUCACUCUCUACACAGCUCACUGAUGAAUUUAAAUGUGAUAAAAAAACUGACGUCUGUAAUAAAAGUUCUUUAAAUGGUGAAUUUAAACUGUUGUUACUGAACCUGGCCACACGAGGGAGCCAGUCUGUUCUGAACCUUCCUGUGAAAUGCACCAACGCUGCAGAAGUCGCCGCCGCCUGCUUCCUGUCAUGUCGACUGAUGUCACGCCCUGUCAUUACUCAUCAGGAUGGAUCGUGCUGCUGAUGCUGCAGUGAAGAGGAAUGUGAUAAUUACUUUAAGAGAAACUUUAAAAUCAUUCAAAACCCAUUUCCUGUAAAUCUGGGGUGAGGGGGGGUGAUGUGGUUUUCAAAGUGGCAGGGUCGCUGAGACUUGGAUGGAAGAGCCGAGAUGGGGGAGGGACAAAAAAUAAAAUCAACUUGUAACAUC